AUGGCCGCUGGCAGUCCCCCGAGGGCCACCCCGACAUCCUCCAGCUCCUGGAGCCUCACCACCAAGGUCCUCCAGCUCGUCCACAGCUCGGCGGGGGCGGGCUACUUUGGGCGUGCGGGUGUGGACACCCUGGACCCCUUCCCUACCACCGACCGGGGGAACCGCUACAUGCUCGUGACUAUGGACUACUUCACCAAGUGCCCUGAGGUGUAUGCAGUUCCUGACCAGAGUGCUGCCAACACCGCCGAGCGCCUGGUCAGCGAGGUGUUCUGCUGCUUCGGUGCGCCCAGGGAGCUGCACAGCGACCAGGGGCAGAACUUUGUGAGGCUGAGGUGUUCACUCACCAUCCUAACUAGCUGCCGGCAGCAGGACUGGGCCCUCUACCUGCCCCUGGUCCUGUGGGCGUACUGGACGGCACUGCAGGAGUCCACCCGGUGCACCCCUGCGGCCCUCAUGUUCGGGCGCAAGCUCUGGCCCCCCACGGACCUGGUGUUUGGCCCGCCCCCCGAGCCCGAGGUGGAGGGCGCGCCUGGAUUGGACCUCCACAACCUCCGGAAGCGGCUCCGGGAGGUACACAAGCUGGCCAGAGGGGCACUCUCCAGCACCGGGAUUCAACAGAAGCGGGCGUACUACUUGCGCUGCGCAGGGGAGGACUUUGGGGGCGCUGAGUCAGAAGUGAGAUCUAUGCCUCAUAAGCUGAGGAUUGUGCUGGUGGGUAAGACUGGAGCAGGGAAGAGCGCAACAGGAAACACCAUCCUGGGGAGAGAGGUGUUUAAAGAGGAAAUUUCCCCUUUGCCUGUAACCGUGAAGUGUGAGAAACAUAGUGGAAUAGUGGUAGGGAGAAAUGUUACUGUGAUUGACACCCCAGGGAUCUUUGACACAUCCAUCUCCAAUGAGCAAAUCAAACAGGAAAUGGCAGAGAGCAGCAACCACAUAUUCCUGCUAGUGAUCCGACUGGGGACAUUCACAGAGGAAGAGAGAAACACUCCAAAGUGGAUCCAGGAGAAUUUUGGAGAAGAAGCUUUACAGUACACUAUUGUGCUGUUUACAGGGGGAGAUAAGCUGAAUAAACCAGUGAGGGAGUUUCUGAGACAUAGCAAUGAGCUUCAAGAGCUCAUCAAUAACGCAGGUGGUGGAUAUCAUGUCUUUAAUAACAAGGAUAGGGACAACCACAAUCAGGUCAUACAACUAAUUGACAAGAUAGAGGCAUUAUUGUUUAAGACUGGAGAGUUUUAUUAUGUCAGUGUGAUAAACCAGGAGAUUCAGAGAAAGAUAAGAGCAGAGGAGGAGAGAAAGAUAAUACAGUCAGAGAGAAUAAUACGAGAGGAGGAGGAGAGAAAAAGGGAGGAAGAAGAAGAGAGAAAGAGGGAGGAGGCCGAGACAGAGAUCAGAGAGGAGGAGGAGAGAAAGAGGAAGGAGUCUGAGAGAGAGAUCAGAGAGGAGGAGGAGAGAAAGAGGGAAGCAGUUCAGAAAAUGAGAGAAGAGGAGAGAAGGAGGCAAGAGACUGGGAGAAAGAUCAGAGAAGAAGAGGGGAGGAAGAGGCUGGAGACUGAGAGAAAAAUCAGAGAGGAAGAGGAGAGAAAGAGGGAGGAGACUGAGGGAAAGAUCAGAGAGCAAGAGGAGAGAGGGAGGCAGGAGGCUGAGAGAAAAAUCAGAGAGGAAGAAAAGAGAAAGAGGCAGGAGACUGAGAGAAAGAUCAGAGAGGAAGAGGAGAGAAAGAGGCUGGAGACUAAGAGAAAGAUCAGUGAGGAAGAGGAAAGAGGGAGACUGGAGGCUGAGAGAGAGAGCAGAGAGGAAGAGGAGAGAAGGAAGCAGGAGACUGGAAGAGAGAGCAGAGAGGGAGAGGAGAGAAUGAGUGAGGAGACUGAGGGAAAGAUCAGAGAGGAAGAAGAGAGAAAGAGGCAGGAGACUGAGAAAAAAAUCAGAGAGGAAGAGGAGAGAAAGAGGCUGGAGGCUGAGAGAAAGAUCACAGAGGAAGAAGAGAGAAAGAGGCUGGAGGCUGAGAGAAAAAUCAGAGAGGAAGAAGAGAGAAGGAGUGAGGAGGCUGAGAGAAAGAUCAGAGAGGAAGAGGAGAGAAAGAGUGAGGAGACUGAGGGAAAGAUCAGAGAGGAAGAAGAGAAAAAGAGGCAGGAGACUGAGGGAAAAAUCAGUGAGGAAGAGGAGAGAAAGAGGCAGGAGACUGAGAGAAAGAUCAGAGAAGAAGAACACAGAAAGAGGCGGGAGCAUGAGAGAAAGAUUAGAGAGGAACAGAGGAGAAGGAGUGAAGAAGAGGAAGGAAAGACGCAGGAGGCUGAGAGAAAUACCAGAGAGGAGGAGGAGAGAAAGAGGCAGGAGACUGACAGAAAAAUCAGAGAGGAAGAACACAGAAAGAGGCAGGAGAUUGAGAGAGAGAUCAGAGAGGUGGAGGCGAGAAAGAGGCAGCAGGCUGAGAGAGCACUCGUGGGGUGA